UGGUAACGACUACGCCUUCCUGUUGAAGAUAUACAGAGCAUCUCAAGUCCCUUAAGGCCCUCUUCAACCCUAUUCAUACAUGUGUUUUAUCCUCUCCAGCUCUAGCACUUCCCCCUUUACUCUUAUUUGGAUGAACAGACACUACAUUUCCCGUCAUUCCAAGUCUACUUGCUUCAACACGCCGCCAAAGACGUCCAUCUCCCACACGUGAUCCCCCUUUCGGCAUCCGCACCAGCACAAUAUGGCCUCAAACUUACGACAAACACGGCUCAAGACCAUUUUCAAGGCCAUAGUCUUUGGCGAGCGCCCGGUCAACAGCUCUCAUGAUGCACAGCUCUUCCUUGAGGCUAUACGGUGUCAAGAGCCUCCAAGCGCGUGCGUCGAGAUGAUCGUUUCUCAUCCAGCCGGCCUAGAUGCAGUCCGAAACUCUGUCCGGAGUAACCUCUCUGAAUCCUUCAUCCUGUCACACACCCUCCCGUUCUUGGAAUUCUUGUCCGACCCCGGCAUCAAAUCCCUGGCUGAUGGCGAAUUGCUUGCCCAACUACUCGUCGUUAUCGCCAACCCACCCACCCUUUGGAAAGCCCUAGUGAAACUCUUCAACGGCCAUCAGCUGCCCCCGGAUAGAGUCCACCCAUUUGCAUGGCUUGCCCUAGAGCUCCUGUCACUCCCUCAAAAUGCCGGGGUCGACGUGCUGGAGGAGGUACAGGCCAUCGUUGAGGACAAAAGCCUCCUAAAAGCACAAGACCAUUCUGCUCGCGAGCUUGGGUAUCGCAUCGAAAAGGUCCUGCAACUCCGCUCCUCAUCCAAGCCUUCCGUGCAGGCCAAUGGUCCGGGAGGACGUCAUGACAAUGAUUCUGAUGUCUUCAGGAAGAUUGCCAUCUAUCCUACUACCGAUGAGUUCCUGUCGAAUCAACAGCCCUUCUAUCGCACAGCAUUUGAGGUCGCCGAGAGUCCGUUGGACAGACGCCCGGCUAUUCACCUGGACAACCAGUUCCGUUUGCUAAGGGAGGACAUGCUGGCCGAACUACGGGAGGACCUUCAAGUUGCCAUGGACGCCAAAAAGGCAAAGAAGCCUUUACUCACCAUUGGCAAGCUGCAACCCGUGGCUCUGUCACUCACGGAUGCAAAUCCAUCUGGCAAAGGGCCGCGAUAUAAGCCGUGCACCCUCAUGGUCCGCUGUUACCACGGCUUGGAGUUCCUAAACAAAAUGGAACCAGAAAAGCUUAAAAAGUUCCUCAAGGACAAUCCGACUUUCCUCAAGCAUCAAUCAUUCGGUGUUUUGACUCGAGGGAAAGAAGUCAUUGCCUUUGCGUUUGUUGAUCGAGACAGAAGCAAUGAGCUCCUCCUUCAGUCUCCCCCCAUCGUAUGCCUUCAAUUCGCCGACCCCAGCAACUUCAAGAGAGCAUUGCUAGCGCUUAAACUGCCAAACGCCCAGGACUUUGUUCGGUUUACCUUGGUGAACACGCCCGUGUUUGCCUACGAGCCUGUCUUAGCUGGCUUGCAAGCGAUCACAGAGCUUCCUUUGCAAGAUCUUCUCAUCAAUCCAUCAGGCGCUAGCUUGGCCUUCGCCGGGGUACCGAAACUGCAGACUUUUGUAUCGGCACUCAAGUCAGCACGAUCGGGAAUGAUACUGGGCAACGUUGAAGCUGUGCGCAUAGAGGAAUCCAUUACUGUCGACCUAGCACAGCUUGACUCGAUACUCCAUGCUUUGACCAAGCCAAUAACGCUCAUUCAGGGUCCUCCAGGUACGGGGAAGUCGUUUAUUGGUGCACAAAUUGCCAAACACCUGCAUAAAGCUGGGCAACGCAUUCUGGUCCUCAGCUACACAAACCAUGCCCUUGACCAAUUCCUAGAGGAUCUACUUGACGUCGGCAUCCCGCAGCAGGAUGUUGUGCGCAUGGGUGCCAAGGCCAAGUCCACACUCAGAACGCUUCCACUCGUUCUUUCCGAACAAAAGGGUGGUUACCGGCGUACAAGAGAUGCUUGGACGAUGAUCGAUCUCCUAAGGCAAAAAGCCGCAUCUUCCGCCCAGGAGCUUCAAACGGCCUUUGGAACCUAUGGGAAGGUUAACGCUGGUUGGGCUGAGGUAUCCGAGUUCCUUGAAUUCCUAGACGACCCACACCCCUUCUAUGAAGCUCUUCUUGUUCCCACCAACAACAGUGGCUGGAUGCGUACAGGGAAAAAGGGAAAGCGGGUAGGACCGGACUAUCUCUUUCAGCGGUGGGUCAAAGGAGAGGACCCCGGAGUCUUUAAGACGCAGAUUCCCGAGACUUCACACUCUGCUUGGCGAAUGUCCCUCCCUGAGCGACAAAGCCACCUGGAUAGGUGGACCAAAGAACUGAUCGAAGAGCGCCUGGCGACCAUUGAGGAGCUUGCGCGGCAAUACAACGAGACCCAGAGCAGGAUUGACGCCCAGUUUAAUGACGCGGAUACACAUACCAUGCGCCAGAAGCGAGUUAUUGGCUGUACCACCACGGGCGCUGCCAAGCAUACGAGUCUCAUCCGGGCCGCAGCACCUGAUGUGAUUCUCGUCGAGGAAGCAGGCGAGAUCUUGGAGAGUCACGUACUCACUGCACUUGCCCCGUCAGUGAAGCAGCUGAUUCUCAUUGGUGACCAUAAGCAACUCAGACCCAAAAUCAAUAACUACGCCCUUUCCGUGGAUCAGGGUGACGGCUUUGAUCUGAACCGGUCAUUGUUCGAACGGCUCAUUAUGCAGGGGGCCCCUCACACUACACUUCAGAAGCAACAUCGCAUGGUCCCGGAGAUCUCCAUGAUACCGCGCGUGUUGACCUAUCCGGAUCUACUUGAUGGCCCCAAGACAAGCGGCAGACCGCGGAUCCGCGGGCUUCAAGACCACGUUGUAUUCAUCAAUCACGGGAAGUUGGAAGACACUGACAAGGCCCUCAAGGAACGCCGCGAUCCCGGAGCGAAAGAAAGCAAGAAGAAUACGUUUGAAGCUCAAAUGGUGCUAGAGUGCAUCAAGUUCUUCGGCCAGCAAGGCUACCCUGCUGACAAACUUGUUAUUCUUACGCCAUAUCUAGGGCAGCUCCGAGUUCUUCAAGAUCUGUUACGCGAGAACCAGCACGAUCCGGCGCUGAGCGAAAUGGACAAAUUGGAACUUUUGAGGGCUGGUCUUUUGAGUAAAGCGGCCGCCAAGGUUGACCAGAAGCCGCUUCGUGUGUCCACAAUUGAUAAUUACCAGGGUGAAGAGAACGAUAUCGUCAUCGCUUCGCUCACACGGAGCAAUAAAUCAGGUGAUAUUGGUUUUAUGUCAGCCCCAGAGCGUCUGAAUGUUCUUGUGACCAGAGCAAGGAACUGCCUGGUGAUGAUCGGAAACAUGGGCACCUUCAUGAGCAGCAAGAAGGGUGGGCCGACUUGGCGACCGUUCUUUGAACUGAUGGAAAGCCGCAAACAUCUAUACGAUGGUCUUCCUGUCAGGUGUGAAAAGCACCCCGAUAAGACUGCUCUUUUGAAGGAGCCCAUCGAUUUCUUGAUGUUCUGUCCGGAUGGAGGAUGUACAGAGCCGUGUGACGCAUUGCUCAAAUGCGGAAAGCACAAGUGCAAAUCCCGUUGCCAUCGUGUCGUUGAUCACAGCCAAGCUCCAUGCCAUGAAAUGAUUGCGCAGACGUGCGAGAGGAAUCACAAGCUCAAGGUUAGCUGUGACAGACAGAAUGAUAACUGCCGUGAGUGCGUCAGGGAGGACAAAGAGCAGGAGCGACGGAUGAAGAGAGACCUCCAGCUGGAAGAAGAUCGCUUGCUCAGGGAAGAAGCCCACCGCAGGAGCCUCCAAGAGGUGGAUGACGAGAUUGACCAUCUACGCCGGGUCAACCAGUAUCUGUCAGACCAGCAGAGCAGAGAACAGACUCUGGAACAGCGCCGCCAGGAGCUUGCAGCCCUCAAAGAUGCCCAGGUACGGGUACAGGAACAAGCAAAACAACAGGCCGAGAUAAGUCGCCGGGUUGCUGAGAAGGCCAAACGUCGGGCGGAGCAGGAGACCAACGCGGGACAAAACGCUGAUCCGCAAGAUCCGCUUGGUGACCUUCCUGAUACCGCUGAGGGGGAGUGGAACUAUCUCAAGAAGUUUGAACGGGCAUCCAGCAAGCCAAUGGAUACGCUCAUGUCCAUGAUAGGGCUGGAAGAGGUCAAGCAGAAGUUCCUCGACAUCAAGUCCAAGGUUGAUACGGCCGUUCGUCAGGGCAUCUCACUCAGUAAGGAACGCUAUAGCUGCUCCAUGCUGGGAAAUCCCGGCACAGGAAAAACUACUGUUGCGCGACUCUACGCCAAGUUCUUGUGCGAGGUGGGGGUAAUUCCUGGACAUUGUUUCAAGGAAACCACAGGCGCAGGGUUGGCGAAUAUAGGGAUAAAUGGCUGCAAGAAGCUGAUUGAGGAGAUUCUCAACGAAGGUGGAGGAGUACUCUUCAUCGAUGAGGCGUACCAGCUCACAUCUGGUAACAACCCUGGCGGCGGGAGCGUGUUGGACUAUCUCCUAGCCGAGAUUGAAAACCUAAGGGGCAAAGUUGUCUUCGUGCUUGCCGGUUACAACAAGCAGAUGGAGAGCUUCUAUGCCCACAACCCAGGCCUUCCCAGUCGGUUCCCGGUCGAGAUGAAGUUCGAGGACUAUACGGAUGACGAACUACUCAGAAUCUUCAAACUCAAGGUCAACGAAAAGUACAAAGACGCCAUGUACUGCGAGGAUGGCCUCCAUGGGCUUUAUUGUCGCAUAAUUUCCAGGAGAAUCGGCUAUGGUCGCGGCAAAGAAGGCUUCGGAAAUGCACGGACGGUCGAGAACACGUUGGACAUCAUCUCCACACGACAGGCAAACAGGAUAAGGCGGGAACGCAAAGCCAAGAAACCGGACAUUGACGAUCUGUUCUUUACCAAGGAGGAUCUUAUAGGUCCUGAGCCGACUGAAGCUCUCCAGAAGUGCCAGGCCUGGAAGAAACUGCAGCAACUGAUCGGACUUUCAUCUGUCAAGGAAUCAGUCAAGUCCCUGGUCGACAGCAUCCAAGCGAACUACAGGAGGGAGUUGGCUGAGCAGCCGCUCAUCCAAUACUCGCUCAAUAAGGUCUUCCUUGGAAACCCGGGAACAGGAAAAACAACGGUGGCGAAGCUGUACGGAGAAAUCCUGGUGGCACUUGGGAUGCUGUCGAAAGGCGAAGUGGUUGUGAAGAACCCAUCGGACUUUGUUGGUGCUGUUCUCGGCCAGUCUGAACAGCAGACGAAAGGCAUUCUUGCUGCGAGUCUGGGCAAGGUCCUUGUCAUCGAUGAGGCCUAUGGUCUCUACGGCGGGGGAGGUACUCCAGGAUCAACUUCGGACCCUUACAAGACGGCCGUCAUAGACACAAUUGUGGCGGAAGUCCAGAGCGUACCUGGCGACGACCGAUGCGUUCUACUCCUCGGAUACAAGGACCAAAUGGAGACUAUGUUCCAUAACGUCAACCCAGGACUCGCCCGCCGAUUUCCUAUUGCUUCAGGGUUCAACUUUGAAGACUUCUCUGAUGAUGAGCUCCAGAAGAUCUUUGAUCUCAAGAUAAAUCAACAGGGGUAUCAGGCUACUGCCGGAGCGGCCGUCGUCGCAAUGGAAAUGCUGAAGCGGGCUCGCAACCGGCCAAACUUUGGCAAUGCUGGUGAGGUUGAUAUCCUGCUCAAUGAUGCAAAGGCCCGUCAUCAGCAGCGUCUUGCCAAAGGAAAGGCGCAGUCCGAAACGCUCUUCGAGCCACAGGACUUUGAUGGAGAUUUUGACAGGGCCACAAAAUCUGGCACCAACGUCCGGAAACUCUUUGAGGGUUCAGUUGGCUCUGAAGAGGUCAUUGCUCUGCUGGAGGGCUACCAGGAAACCGUGCGGACGUUUAAGUCCAUUGGCAUGGAUCCGAAGGAGAACAUUCCGUUCAACUUCCUCUUCAGAGGGCCUCCGGCUACCGGCAAGACCACUACAGCCAAAAAGAUGGGCCAGGUGUUCUAUGAUAUGGGCUUUUUGUCUACUGCGGAGGUGGAGGAAUGUUCCGCAAGCGAGAUGAUUGGCAAGUAUGUCGGGCAUACCGGGCCUCUGGUCAGAGCUCAACUGGACAAGGCGCUGGGCAGGGUCCUCUUCAUCGAUGAGGCGUACAGACUGGCUGACGGACAUUUCGCCAAGGAGGCCAUUGAUGAACUGGUGGAUUCGUGCACAAAGGAGCGAUACAACAAGAAGUUGAUCAUUAUUCUUGCCGGCUACGAGGCGGAUAUCAACCGUCUGAUGUCGGUCAACAGCGGUCUAACGUCUCGUUUCCCAGAGGUGAUCAACUUCCGAGCCCUGUCGCCAGAAGAGUGCGUCGAGCUGCUGCGCAAAAGGCUUGAGGAAAACCACAACACUCUCAAGGAAAAGAGUAUAGAGCUGGACAUCCUCGGUCUCAGAACACCCAGCUCCGGCUUCAAAAAACUACUGGUGUCCUACUUCAAGCAGCUCUCCGCCCAAGACAACUGGGCUAGCGCACGGGACGUCCAAAGUCUGGCCAAGAACAUGUUCAACCAGGUCAUGCGAGAUCAAGAGGGCCUGAGCAAGGGACGCAUUGUUCUCACUGAAGAUAUCAUCAGGCAAGAACUUGAAGCGAUGGUUCUUGAACGUGCCUCGCGGGGCAAAGCUGCAGCGGAGGCAGCCACGCCAAACGGUUUCCCAAGCGGGAUGCCGCAAUUCUUCCAAGCGCCGCCGCAACAGCAACAGGCCUCGUUCAACACUUCCACGGCGAAAGUUACUUCCUUCGCACAAGAACAAGCCCGUGUUGUCGAGGAGGUCUUCUCAGAGGAAGAAGAAGAAGAAGAUGAUGAUGAUGAGUCAGCACCUCCACCGGUUGAGCUCAAGGAACAGGCCGUCGAUACGUCAGACUCAAGGUAUGCAGCAAAGCGAGACGCGGGAGUGAGUGACACUGUCUGGGAACAGCUCCAAAGGGAUCGUCAGUCAGAGCAAGAGAAGGAGGAGGAGUACAGGAAACUGAAAGAGGCAGCGAAGAAGGCUAAGGAUGCGGCCAGGGAUAAGAUUGUCAAGAAGCUGCUGGAGGAAGAGAGGAAGAGGAAGGUGGUGGAGGAGAUGAAGAAGAAGCUGCAGAUGAUGGGGAUUUGCCCGGCUGGGUUUGCUUGGAUUAGGCAGGAUAGAGGGUAUCGGUGUGCGGGCGGUGCGCAUUUUGUGGGGGAUGAGGCGUUCGGGAAGCUGUGAAGGGAGGGCCGCCUGGAGCGGGUUGGACACUCGAUUGGUUGACGACCUUCCAGAGAGUUUUUGUGCUAUUUUCAUUGAAUGGGCGGAGUGUUGAUCUGCUCUUCACAAGAAUUUAUGCUUUUUUCUCUUCAUCCUGCCUCAAUUCUUGUCACAAGGUGGUCCGAGAUUGUUGUGCGAACAUGGCGUUUUCGUACCUCUAAAGACGGGACAAAGAUGCCGGCUAUGGUCCAGCGGCUGCACAGCGACUUACAGUGGGAGAGCCGCUGUAACGUGCUGUGGCCCCACAUCCACCGAAGAUGGGUGGCUUGGGAAGGGCAGAGGGGCCAGGGCCGCGGGAGGCUGGCUGGACACUCGAUUGCUUGACGACAUUUCAGGUUGUUUUUGAUGCUAUCAUUGUUCGAUGGAAGGAUAAACGCUCUGUAAUCACAUGUUUCUACACGCAUUUAUCUCAUUCUGC